AUGAACGGCAUGAUGUCAGCACCUCAGCAGCACCAUAGAGGAUCACCACAUUAUGGGACAAGUCCACCAAGUCAUGGACCGCCGAUGCACCAAAUGGGAAGCACUCCACCACAAUCACUCCCACCACAAGCGCUUCCACCUCAAGCUAUUCCGCCACAAAUGUCUGGAAAUCCACCUCCGGAAGCCAUUCAUGGUGCUCCUCCCGAAUACCUUCAACAACAGAUGCCUCCUGCCACACCACCUGCGGCUCUUCCUUGGACUGUUGGUAGUACGGAUGGUUCCUUUGCCAUGGUGACACUCAUGCAACAGCAGCAACAAUUCAAUUGGAAUGGUAGCUCCACACCACAAGCUGGAGCACCGGUCGAUGGUCAAGCCACCCGCAACAUGGCAGCCCUCGGGCAAGUCCAAUCGGGCAAAUCCUUGUUUCAUGACAAGCUAUUUCAUCAAGCCUCGUCGGCAACCGAAGCCGUCUUGGCGGCCAGUUGCGACGUCAUGGGGUUUGACAUUGCGGAAAUGUGGUUACGGACGGGCCCCAAGACGCAUCAAUUGACCAAUUCGCACUUGAGGCCUACGGCCUUGGAAGACAGCGUGAGAAAUGAUUUGGUCGAUGUCUAUUACGGAGAAAAGAGUAGUGAACGAACCCAUCGAUUGUCACCAGCCUUGUGCAAACGUGCCAAAGAUGCCAACGAUGUGGUCUGGGUGACGGCGCACACACCGCAUGGGGCGGAAGCACUCAGGUGCAGUAUUAGUAAUGUUCGAACGGCCGUGGCGAUUCCUGUCUGUCAUGAGGCUUCCAAUUCCAAUAUUACUAUUAUUUACUUUUCCAUUCGAAGAAUUAUCAUGAAACCAGCAGCUGUUGAAUUCUUGGUACAUAUGUCGUUAUCGGCUGCUGUAGCCUCGGUCAAUUCCUUGGCAGAGGAUUGUCUAGUAGUGGAUCGGAGUCUGGAGAGCAAAAACGCCAAACCCAUAUCGUCAUCACGGUCUGAACACUCGGCGCCGGUGCGCAAGAAUAUUCCACAUCAACGAGUCUCUCAUACUUCCAUUACGGGUGCUCGACUCGAUUUGAGUUGGAGAGAAUUGACCAAUGUGGAAUAUUUGACGGAUGGUGGUAACUCUUGGAUUCAUACAGCUGUCUACGAUGAAACACCUGUCGUCGUCAAGACACUCAAACCGGAAUGUCAAGACGUGGCUCUGGCGAUUAACGAAAUUGAGGGUGAACUAUCAAUCCAUUCGAGACUGAAUCACAACAACAUUUGCAAUCUACUUGGUGCUGGACUCACCAGCAAGGGAGUCCGAUUUGUUGUCUUGGAACGACUGGACGGUGGAACACUUUCACAAAUGCUGGGAUACGAUACUCGGAUUCGGGAUAGACGGAGACGAUUCUGGAAGAAAAAGCAAAUGCCAUACUUUGACGUACUAACCUGUGCACGAGCCUUGGCAGUCGCCAUGGAGUAUAUUCACGACAAGGCAAUCCCAAACAGUAUACUGCUACAUCGUGAUUUGAAGCCUGAUAACAUUGGUUUCACACUGGAUGGAACGGUCAAGUUGCUGGAUUUUGGACUGGCCCGAAUCUUGGAGAAUGCUGACCCAAAGUCAAAUGAAGUAUACAGCAUGAGUGGGGAGACUGGUUCACUGCGCUACAUGGCUCCCGAGGUUGCUGAAGGCCUUCCCUACAACCAAAAGGCAGAUGUCUACUCGUUUGGAAUUAUUCUAUGGGAGAUGAAUGCUGGAAAGAAACCAUAUCAUGGUUUGAAUCGCGAACAAUUCUAUGAAGUUGUCAUUCACGGUGGUGAUAGACCACCUUUGAACAAAAAGUGGCCACAAGCCUUGUGUUCACUGAUAGCGGAUUGCUGGGAUACGGAUUUGGAUAAAAGACCACACUUUUCAGAAGUCGGUGAAAGGCUUGACGCGUUGUUGUCCAACGAAAAGGGCAAGGGCAAGUCUGGUGGCAAGAGCAAAGGACCACUUCGACGAAUUUCAGGAAUGAUUGAUCGUCACUCGACCUGGUUCUAG